CAAACCUAUCAAAGACAUGAACCCACGUUUGAGCUGAGGACGGAGAUAUCUAUGAACUGGAAUCCAAAGCUUUCGAUUCUACAGAUGGACGGAAAUACUUAGACACCCACAUUGUUAUUCCUCAUCAUUUUUCUCAUCACCAUCUUUAUCUCUCUUAAAUUUCCUUUUUUCCUAUCUGGGUUUCCGUUUUCUUGAAUUUUCAUGUGAAGCAGAGCAAUCGGUACAGCCAAUUUUUGUUUGUUUGUUUGAGGAAUUAACAAAUGGCGAACACUACCAUUGCCGCUGGUCCUACAUUUUCCCUGCAACACCGCCAUCAAGUACUUAGGAGGGUUGGAGUUAGUACUUUACGGCAGCAACAAGGACAUACUCUGUUCUUUACACCAGCAGUGCCUGCUAUAAGGAGGAGAUUUUGUCCAUCUAUAGGCAUAUAUCAGGAUAGGCAAUCGUUCUCUGAUGGAACCUUCAAUAGCGUUAUGUGUUCCAGCAGUGUUGAAGGUGCAGAUAAGGUUUCAACGGAUCAAUCUCGAGUAUCGAGGCUAGGUAACAGGGGCUGCAAACUAAUAGGAUGUGGCUCUGCAGUACCAUCUCUAAAUGUAUCCAAUGAUGAUCUUGCAAAAAUUGUUGAUACUAAUGAUCAGUGGAUAGCUGUUCGGACAGGAAUUCGUAACCGUAGAGUUCUUUCAGGCAAAGACAGUUUAACAGAUCUGGCUGCAGAGGCUGCAAGGAAAGCUCUUGAGAUGGCAGAGGUUGAUCCUAAUGAUGUUGACCUAAUUUUGCUAUGCAGUUCAACUCCCGAGGAUCUUUUUGGUAGUGCUCCACAGAUCCAAAGAGCACUUGGCUGCAAAAGCAAUCCAUUGUCUUUCGACAUUACAGCUGCUUGUAGCGGGUUCAUGUUGGGUUUGGUAUCUGCUGCUUGCUAUAUCAGAGGUGGUGGCUUUAAAAAUGUUCUUGUUAUAGGGGCUGAUGCUCUAUCUCGCUAUGUUGACUGGACAGAUAGAGGGACAUGUAUUCUCUUUGGUGAUGCUGCUGGUGCUGUAGUGGUUCAGGCCUGUGAUAUUGGAGAAGAUGGUUUAUUUGGUUUUGACUUGCAUAGUGAUGGUGAAGGUCAAAGGCACUUGAAUGCUUCGAUCAAAGAUAAUGAAACAGAUAAAGCGUUUGGUACAAAUGGUUCUGCUUUUGGUUUUCCACCAACAGGUUCCUCUUACUCUUGCAUUCAGAUGAAUGGUAAAGAGGUCUUUAGAUUUGCUGUUCGUGCUGUGCCACAAUCAAUAGAAGCAGCUUUAGAGAACGCAGGUCUUCCUAGGUCCAAAAUUGAUUGGCUGCUUCUCCACCAGGCAAAUCAAAGGAUUCUUGAUGCAGUAGCAACACGUUUGGAGGUGCCAUCAGAACAUGUCAUAUCAAAUUUGGCAAAUUAUGGCAAUACAAGUGCUGCAUCGAUACCCUUGGCACUGGAUGAAGCUGUUCGAAGUGGGAAAGUGCAGGCAGGUCAUGUCAUUGCUGCUGCUGGAUUUGGUGCUGGCCUUACGUGGGGCUCUGCAAUACUCAGAUGGGGCUAAAUGCUGCUGUGAAGUUUGGGUCUGGUCUCACAUCUGGAUUCUGCAGUAAUCAAAUAGGGAAGAAACCUCUCAAGCCUCAACAUAUGAAUAGAUCUCAAACAUAGAUGGAAAGAAGAAAUGAUAAGGUUGCAUUUCCCUUAUGCUUUUUUGUUUAUUAGUAGCUGAUUGUGGUGCAGGCUUCAUUGGCAGAAUCCCCUUUUUGUCUCUCUGAUUUUCUUCUGUAUUAAUUUUUCCCAACAUCAAUAAAUUAUCAACAUUUUGUCCCCAUUGAUGUUACUGUUAACAUU